AUGCCGCUCGUUAUUCUCACCGGAUACCCUUGCUCCGGCCUGAGCUACCGCGCAAAUCAACUUGCCUCGCUUCUCGAGAAAGCACAAGAUGAGCUCUUCGCAGCCACAGAGACAGGGUCUCCCGUUUCUCUAAAGUCUCGCUUUAAGAUCCAUAUCGUUCCCUCGCAUGAUGAUUCAUACCGACGCAUUGUAUAUGACCAUGCGCGCACAGAAAAGGAGGCUCGUGGUGUGGCGUACGCCCGCGCAAAGCGCAACCUCACACGAGACAACAUCGUGAUUCUCGAUGGAAUGAACUAUAUCAAGGGAUGGAGAUAUCAGCUCUGGUGUGAGGCCAAAGCCGCUGGAACCACAUGCUGUGUGAUUCACGUGGGAACACCGAUCGACCAGUGUGUCGCGAACAAUGACGCCCGAAUCCAGCGUCAAGCUACUAGAGAGGAGAGAACUCAGAAAGAACAGACUGAACCACAAAAUGAUUCGGUCUCCGCUCCAACAGAGGAAUCCAAAUCUGCAACUCAGGAUACCGAAGAAGCGUAUCCCCCAGAGCUGCUCAACAAUCUCAUCUUCCGCUACGAAGAGCCCAGCACCCACAGCCGCUGGGAUAGACCCCUCUUCACAGUGCCCUGGGCCGACGAAACACCCCCGAUAGCAGAUAUCUUCCACGCCAUCACAGGGAUAGUCCUUCCCUCCGCCCAAGCCCCAGCCGUAACUAUCAUGUCAGACCUCACUUCCUCGCUCGCUACGACAAACCUCUCAUCUGCGGCGAGUGUCACCACAACACGCACAUCGUUUACUCGUGGCGGUAGUGCAAGUGGCGGUUCUUCACGGCCUCGUAUCGUCCAACACCAAGCCACCGUACAAUCCGCAGCAACAGAGCACUCCGCGCUGUACGAUAUGGAGAAACGCACAUCCGCAAUUGUGACUGCCAUCCGUUCUUUCACACAGAAUACACCUUCUGCAGAGGUCGCUGUUGCGCAAAGCAAGGAUGCGAAUGGAAUCUCGAUUACUGUCCCCGAGGCUUCGAUCCCGGUUUUCAUUCCGGCUCAUGUUGCUACCACUGGUACUACGGACGAACUCGCGGGUGCGGGUGGGAUUCUUGCGUUGCCGCGCUUGCAGCGUUUCAGGAGACAAUGGAUAAGUUUGAAUCGCUCGUAUAUUGCACGUGGACAUGGAGCUGCGCAGGGUGCGUUGACGGCGGAUCAGAUUGGAGAUGCGUUUGUGAGAUUUUUGAAUUCGAAUUUCGGGGGUGCAGAGGAUGAUUCGUAG